AAAUGAUUCGGACUCCACAGCGCCAUUUGCUUCAGACCCACGUGUGUUGUUCGCUCAGCUGCGUGUCAUGAGUUCAUAACAAUAUAUUAAUAAUAUAAUCAUCAUGCCGAAGGUGAAGAAGAGUAAGUCCGGACCGGAGCGCAGCGGUGCUGGUACUGGUGUGUCUUUGGCGGAUCAGAUCCUGCAGGGAGACUCGGUUCGGAUCAGCGGCCGUGUGAAGAACCGGAGCCGAACCCAUGAUGAAGAGCAGGACUAUGUGGACGAGAAGCUGUCCAGAAAGAUCCUCCAACAGGCCCGAAUCCAACAGGACGAACUGCAGACUGAGUUGGGACUCACACCAGAGACCAAGAGACAACCAGCUACUCAAUUAGGUCCGAGCACACAGGAUGGAGACUCUGAUGAAGAGUGGCCAGUGUUGGGUGAAUCUGCAGAAGAGUCCAGCUCUGAGGUUCAUGUGGACCCUGAAGAUGAGAGAGCCAUCCAGAUGUUUAUGAACAAGAACCCACCUGUCAGGCGUACGCUUGCGGACAUCAUCAUGGAGAAGAUCACAGAGAAACAGACUGAGGUGGGCACUGUGAUGUCAGAGGUGUCGGGUCGACCCGUCCCGCAGCUGGACCCCAGAGUCACAGAGGUGUACAGAGGAGUCAACAAGGUUUUAUCUAAGUAUCGCAGUGGAAAACUUCCGAAAGCAUUUAAGAUCAUUCCAGCACUGUCAAACUGGGAACAGAUCCUGUAUCUCACCGAACCCGAGACAUGGACUGCUGCUGCGAUGUAUCAGGCCACGAGGAUUUUCUCAUCUAAUCUAAAGGAGCGCAUGGCUCAACGCUUCUAUAAUCUGGUGCUGUUACCCAGAAUUCGAGACGACAUCGCCGAGUACAAACGGCUGAACUUUCACCUGUACAGUGCACUGAAGAAAGCUCUGUUUAAACCUGGAGCGUGGUUUAAAGGAAUUAUGCUGCCGUUGUGUGAAUCGGGCACCUGCACACUGAGAGAAGCCAUCAUCAUCGGCAGCAUACUGACUAAAUGCUCCAUACCUGUGCUGCACUCCAGUGCUGCUAUGCUCAAACUGGCGGAGAUGGAAUAUAAUGGAGCCAACAGUAUUUUCCUGCGUUUGUUACUGGAUAAGAAAUACGCCCUGCCCUUCCGUGUGCUGGACGCGCUGGUCGCCCACUUCCUGUUGUUCCGCACCGAUAAACGGACUCUGCCGGUGCUGUGGCAUCAGAGCUUACUGACGCUCGUGCAGCGUUAUAAAGCCGAUCUGUCCUCCGAACAGAAGGAGGCGCUGUUGGAACUGCUGAAGAUCCAAACGCACCCGCAGAUGUCCGCGGAAAUCAGACGAGAACUGCAGAACACUGAGACGCGAGACCUGGAAGACGCUACGCCCGCCAUGACCGUCGACUGACAGACUGUAGCCACAAUUAAAAUAAACACAAUUAUUUGCUUUAUGUGGUCACUGAUUACGUGAUCGAAUCUGGUUAUGUGCUGUAUGUGUUGCAGGAAGUGACGCAACAUUCAUAUUUUUGGACAAAGACCAUCUUUUAUUGUAAUAAAAUUAUAUUGUAUGUAA